AUGGCCACCAUGCGCAGAGACUCUCGCACUGAUGACCAGCCCGCCGCUGAACUGCGGAAGAUGACACAUCUCAAGACCAAAGAAGAAUGCCGCCUCGGGAACGAGACCAUCCAGGUCUGGACCGUCGAGCUGCCUAGUAAGCACGCUGAAGGGAUCCUCAGGUACCUGUUCUUCGUGGCAACGACUUGUUUGACAAUAUACUGACGGCACUUCAGGGCCAUCAAGGACAACGUCCCCGGCCAAGACUCUGUCGAUCUGCAACACCUCCGUCGCUUCGCCAAGCCAAAGUAUCUGCCCGCACACGUCCUCGGCAAGCGAGACCUCGUCAAGGAGAUGUACAAUGUCUCUCGUGCCUGGGAAGCAACCCCGUCGACUGUCAUGCAAGCUCCGGCCACGACCGCUUGGGAGUACUCAGUGCCUGCCAAGGGACGCGCCAACGGACGUCCCUCGACCCUGCACCUGUUGGUCUGUCCUACGCGGAUUAUGGAUCUGAGGACACUCCACAGCAUCUUAUCGCAGUACACGCCCUUCUCCUCUUCGGCGGAUUCGUGGGCCUACCCACUCGAGAUCAAAGAGAUCACCGUCCCACUGCUAGCACCAACAAGCCCAAGGCAAGCAAACACGUGGUCCGAGGAGUACUGGCCGACUUUCUAUCGCAAGACAAAUCCAUUCGGAGCGCAUCCAGCCAGCAUCGAGAAGGCGGAGAACGAGCUGCACAACCCGCAAGAGGACAACACUAGCGUCGAUGAAGCACUCGCCUUGGCCGAGCGAGCCGGAGAUGAAGCACUGCGACGCGGCAUCGGCGCUGGUACCGGCGUUGUAAUCAUGGAGCGCGUCGACGGAGAGACGCAGAUCAUUGCUGUCGCUGGAGAUGCUCGCCACAAACCGCAGGCAAACGCCGCCGCCAACGACUCAUUGCAUCCUUGCUGCGAAGGCAGCCCCAUGGGUCACGCCAUCAUGCGUGCUGUGGGAAUGGUCGGGCGGAAGAGACUGCGCUGCGCGUCUCAACCAGUCACCAGAGCAGCCGCCAAAGCGGAAAGCAACUUCACUCGAGGAGGACUGGAGCACGAUACCCAUGCUCGCGACGCCUUCUUCCUCGACCUCCCGAUUACGCCAUUGGAGGAAGAAUAUUUCAAGAAGGACAACCUCAAGCCAGACGGAUACCUCUGCCUCAAGCUCGAAGUCUUCCUCACCCACGAGCCCUGCAUGAUGUGUUCGAUGGCACUCGUCCACAGCCGCGUCGGACGGGUCGUUUUCAAGAACCGCAUGCCCCAGACGGGCGGCUUGACGGCGGAGUUGGUUAGAAACGACUCGGGACCCGUCGGCCUCGGGUACGGCCUGUGCUGGCGCAAGGAGCUCAACUGGCAGUUCAUGUGCUGGGAGUACAUGCGCACCGACGAGCAAGGCACCAUUGAGCGACAGGACCUACGCAAAGAUUCUAUGGAGAAGUACCAAGAAGCGGAAGAUGUUGGUGGUGGCGAGUUGGCUAAUGUUCAUUCGAAUAGCUUUGCGCGCAUGCAUGUGUAG